GGUCGCGGGUGGAGGGGUUUUCUGGCGGGGCUGAGGGCUGGUGUUUGAGGAGCCGGUGUUAACAGCGCUGUGGUUUUUCUGAUGAUGAAAGAGGUUGGAGUGUCGCCCUGUGUCCUUGGCGUUUAAACGAAGCCGGCAUGUGUUCAGCAGCGGGGGUUUUAAUGCAACACUUCACUGCUGCGGCUCCGAAGGCGCUGCUCGCGGUUAAUGAGUUAAGCUGCCCGUUUAAAAUAAUCCCUUCCACCUCCCCUAAUGUGCCUGCACCGACUGAUCACCCCCCACCCACCCCCAAUUAUUAUAUAGUGAUAAAUGUCUGUUUCUGUGCUCAGUGUUGUUUGCUUUUAAAGAUUCCUGGUUAUUUCCCUUAUUGAUAAAUAAGUUCCUUCUCCUUCCUGCUCCCCCCUCCCUUUUCUCCUCCCCCAGAAUUAAAUUCCUGAGCAACAGCAAAAGCUGAUGUCAGUGCUUCAGCUUGCAUUGGGGGAGCUCUGUGCACAGGUCAGUAAUUUGCGGUUUUGUUAGAAGGAGGAACGCGGUGCAGUGCUGUUCUGUUAGGGAUAUUUGGAUUUUUCUGGCAUGGAUGCGUUUAUCCUUCGUAUUGCGGUAGUUAUCGACAGCUCCCUGGUGGGAGCUGGGUGCUGCAUUAGCAUGUGUGGAAGAGACCAUCCCUGUCCCAAGCAGCUAGCGAUGAGGAACGCGUUGGGAAUCGUUGAUGGAGGUUCCAUCUCCCUCUAAUUUGGGGUAAUAAGGCAGACCCCCCUCCCCCAGGAAACGGUUGGGAUAUCCAAGAAGCCUGAACAGGUAGCGCUGAGGAUUGUGCCUGGCAGUGCAGGGGCCAUGAUAACCUUGAAAGCAGCUUGCCCGUGGAGGGGUGUUUAACGCUUGCUUGCAUUGUCUCAUCCUACUGCACUAAGGCAAAGGGCUCAAAGCACAGCUGCCUAAGCGCCCAAAUGUGGCUGUGGGAGAGCUUUGUUUUUGGAAGGACUCAGUGCAUGGGAAUUGGCCCUUAUGGGUUUGGCCUUGCCUCUGUGUGCCCCUGUGCUCGCGCUGUCGGAGGGCAUCCAUGUCGGGAGGACUCUGUCUGCGGAAGAGGUUUGUUGGGGUUUGGGUCUGGAUGGGGGUUCCUGCGCUUGCUUUGGUUUUGCUUGUAACAGUUCCCAAAACAAAAUAAGCUGCAGCACUAAGAAAGCCCUUCUGGCCAUAGUGUAUUUGGAAUUUUAUAAUGCCUGCAAGGACCUUGCAGGUGUCUUGUCCCCAGUUUUUCCUGGCACAACCACAGUGGCAGAGCCUGGAUGUGUAGGACUGUCCGAGUGGCUGGGACCACAGUGGACAGGCAGGCAUGUAAGCAGCAUAGGGGUGCCUGAAUGCCUCUUUGCAGUGGCAGUAGGCAGAUAUUCCUGCCCUCAGCCCAUUGGCAACACAACUGAGAAGUGCAAACCUGGGGCUGGAAGGUUUCCAAGCUGAGAUGACGGUAGCUCACCCCAAAGUCUUUUAACCCAACAGAUUUGCCUCCUGAGGCUUUCAGUCGUCCCUGCCUAGACACAAGGUAAGGAGUAGGGAAGGAAAACCUGGAUCUAGCAUCACUAUUUAAAAUUUAGCCUCAGCUGGGUUUGGGAGAGCUGAGCAAAAUGGCCAGAGUCCUUAGGAGCAUUCGCUUGGGGCACUGCAUGGAGUUUAUUCUUGCAAAUACUGCACCAUGUUUGUCUGCAGUGUGUGUUUUUGCUGGGUGCCAGGUACCUCGCUGAGAAAGCCACGAGGUGCCUGCCUUUGGAGAGCUUAAAUUCACCUAAUACUAAAUGCAACAUCACUAUUGCUACCAAAACACCCUUGAGGGCUGGGUAGGACUAAGCAGUAGUGCCUAUCCCAUGUUGCCAAAUUGGAUCCUGAGACGUGAGAGAAAACCGGCUUCUCUCCUGUGCAGCCCUAUCCUCCCCCAGAAAACCUCCCCAAAGGCUGGAAACCCAUUGUGUCUCUGGAUUUAUGAAAUGACUUCUCUUAGCAUGAAUAUGAGCAAGUCCCCACUCCAUCCCUACUACCCCUUACCUCUGCACCAGCUGCUUUAAGGAAUAGGGGGUGUGUUAUAGAUGGUUUUCCUCUUUGGAUUUGCUUCCUUGCCUUUAAGGGAGGCUGUUCUUAGGGAUCAGAGGUUAGUUUCUCCGGUGCACAGCUCAGCUCCCGAAGCCCAGGGCACAGGCAGGUGCAGAGCAUGUUAACACUGUCAGGAAUGGAAGGAGGAAAAGAAGGUGCUCCAGCGCUUGGCAGCCUUGAUUUAUGGUGCAGGCUCGUAGGACGCUGCCAUCAUACUGAAACAGUUCCAGCAAACCAAAUCUGGUAGAGGAGGAGGUGAUAAAGAGAAGGAGCUUGUGGAUGCUGACCGCGCUCUUCCAGAGGUUGCGCUGGGAGAGUUUGCAGACCUUUUUCCCCUCUGCCGUGUGUUCAGUGGCAGUGGUAAGGGGCAGAUGGCUGCAGACGUGCCCAGGUGCUCACACUCCCCUAAGCGCAGCCCCUGGGUCUCACCGCACUCUUUCCCUUGCUGCUAUGCAGAGAAGCUCCUGCAGCCAAAGCGGCAGUGCAGUCAUCCUGUGGGGAAAGCUUCAAUGCUCCUCUGCAUCCCCAUGCCCUCUGGGUUUUAAAACCUGUUUUUCAAGCUUCGAAUUUCUUCUCUGAAGAUACACCUGUCCCGCCUGAUGCCAGUGGGAAGGAGGCACCUGACGUAAUUACAGCAGGCUUGAGGAAGGGAGGUUCAGCACAAUGAGUUGGCACUCUGCGUGUUAGCAGCGUGAGGACACUAGGACAGGAGCUGCCCUGCUCACCCCUUACCCCCUCGCUCAUUCCCCUUGGGGAGACGGGUGCUGGCGUCCCUGCCUUGCCCUUCCACCCCUUGCCCCCCACUCUCCAUAGAGGGGACAGGCCCGUUAUGGCUGGGGACAGGCUCCCACGCAAGGUGAUGGACCCCAAGAAACUGGCCAGCCUCCUGAGGAACGGAGCAGAGGGCACCCUGGUCAUCGACAGCCGCUCCUUCGUGGAGUACAACUCCUGGCACGUCCUCAGCUCCGUCAACAUCUGCUGCUCCAAGCUCGUUAAGAGGAGGCUCCAGCAGGACAAGGUCUCCAUCACGGAGCUCAUCCAGCCUGCCUCCAAGAUGAAGGUGGAGGCGGAGGAGCACCAGGACGUGGUGGUCUAUGACCAGAGCACACGGGACGUGACCGGCUUGGCUGCCGACAGCUUCCUCUCCAUCCUUCUGGGCAAGUUGGACAGCUGUUUCCACAGCGUCUCCAUCCUCACAGGAGGUUUUGCCACUUUCUCGUCCUGCUUCCCGGGGCUGUGUGAAGGGAAGCCAGCUGCCAUUCUGCCGAUGAGCAUCUCCCAGCCAUGCUUGCCUGUGGCCAAUGUCGGCCCCACACGUAUCCUGCCACAUCUCUACCUGGGCUCCCAGAAAGACGUCCUAAACAAGGAUUUGAUGACGCAGAACGGGAUAAGCUAUGUCCUGAACGCCAGCAACUCCUGUCCCAAGCCAGACUUCAUCUGUGAUAGUCACUUCAUGCGCAUUCCUGUCAAUGACAACUACUGUGAGAAGCUGCUUCCCUGGCUGGACAAGUCCAUUGAAUUCAUUGACAAAGCCAAGGUAUCCAGCUGCCAGGUGAUUGUGCACUGCUUGGCUGGGAUCUCCCGGUCAGCCACCAUCGCCAUCGCCUACAUCAUGAAGACCAUGGGUAUGUCGUCAGACGAUGCUUACAGGUUCGUUAAGGACCGUCGCCCGUCCAUCUCGCCCAACUUCAACUUCCUGGGCCAGCUCCUGGAGUAUGAAAGGAGCCUGAAGCUCCUCAAGGCCCUGAAGACAAAGGGUGACCGGGGCGAGGGGGAUGCCCAGCAGGACCCAGCAGAGGUGGCUGAGGGCAGCCGGCAUCCCCUAACACCUACCUCAGAGAAGGCCGAGGAUGUGCCGAGAAGCACCGGCUCGGUGUCCCCCCACAGUGACCCCGAGCGGCAGGGCGGGACCCCAAAGGUCCUGUCGCCCACCACCCUGCAGCAGGGUCUCAACGGCUUGCACCUCUCCUCCGAGCGCAUCCAGGACACCAACCGCCUGAAACGCUCCUUCUCCCUGGACAUCAAGUCUGCCUACUCCCCCAACCUGCGGCAGGACCCCCCUGGACCCCCUGGACCUGGGGAAGCCCCCAAACUCUGCAAGCUGGACAGCCCCUCGGGCCCUGGCGGUCUCAGCCCCUUCUCCCCAGGGGCGGAGAGCCCCGACCGGCCAUCGGGGCCCGAGCUCCUGCUGGAGGCCAAGGUGAGGCAGCGGCGGAAGCACCGGCACCCGGCGGGCUCGCCAGCCCACGGGCUCAGCCUCAACAUUGGCGGGACCUGCGCCACACGCAAGAGCCCCGGCGAUGAGGACGGGCUGCCACCACGGCUCGGCCAGCCACCCACCGCGCCCGGCACCGCCACUGCUGCCUGGAGUGGGGUGCACCUGGAGUCCCCCAGCACUCCCUCCGGCGAGGCUGGCUGGUACUUUGGCAAGGACUCCGGUGGUGCCGGCGGGAGUGGCGGGAGCCUGUUUCCCAGCACUGGCCCGUACCCGCCGUUCGGCUGCGGCGGGGUGGCGGGCGGCUGCGAGAUCAGACUGAGGGACAAGGCGCGGGCCGAGCCGCGGGACGGGCGGCACAGCUGGCAUGAGGAGGCCGGCGCCGAGAAGCAAUUCAAGCGGAGGAGCUGCCAGAUGGAAUUCGAGGAGACCAUGUCCGAGGGCAGGGCUCGGGAAGAGCUGGGCAAAAUCAGUAAACAGUCCAGCUUUUCAGGCAGCAUGGAGAUCAUCGAGGUGUCCUGACAUUCACCUGGGGCGCCUGGAGAGCUGGGAUGGGGACAGGGCGGGGGGAUAUUUAAGCUGGGGGGGAGAAGGGAGGGUGGGGGUGGGAUGGGGGGUGUAUUUAUACUUGCGCGUGCAUUUUCGGGAGCGCAAGCGCUGAAACCGAAGCAAAGGUGGAUGAGUCUUUCCAAAGUCGGGAAACAUAAUGGCGGAUGCUUAGUGUCCCUCCUGCACUUGCCCCGGUCCUUCCCUCCCAUCCCCAGAGGGUCCCAACCCUCAGAGACCCGUACUCAAAGUUUGGGCGUAAAACUCAAGUGGGAAGAGGCAGGGGUUGCAAUUUUGGCUGUGGGGACGGGGCACAGCAUCUGGAGGGGGGUCCACAACUGCCCCUUCCCUGCGCCCUGGUGCACUAAGCAUGCUCCCCUGUGUUUCUCUGGCUAAGUGUCCUAAAAAUGCUGCACUGAAGCAGCCCUAUACAUAUAUAAAUAUAUAUUAUAUAUAAUAUAAAGAAAAAAAACCCCGAAAACACACACACAAAAGAAAAGGUAAAUGGUUUUACUGCGAUUUUUAUUGAGACGUAAAUAAUAUUUCAAUUUUUUUGUUUUGUUUUUAAUUUAUUGAAGCUGUUCAUUCUGGCAAUGAUUUGCAGACAAUGUGGGGCGGUACUUUCAGCUCUAUUUUUACUGUGUAUGGUAUUUAAAUCUGAAAUACGAGUUUCUAAGCAAUAUCUGAGGCCUGUGGCUCCUUCUAUAGUUCAUGUCCACAACAUAGAUUUCCCCCCUUCCCUCUGGGCACACCAACAAGGGGACAGGAGACUCUUCUGGACACUUUUUCUAGAAAUGAACAAGUAAACAAGCAAACCAUAAAACCUUCUUAAAACACAAACUGAGCCAGAAAACUCUUCUGGAAGCUGCUGCCUCUUCUUCACACCUUGGUCUCUGUUUGCUUUUCCUCAUCUCCGUCUAUUACCGCCAUCCCGGGCAUCAUCCCAUCCCAUGCAUUGUCCCCAUCCUGGUCAUCACUCCAUCCCAGCCAUGCCCCCUCCCCUCCCUUCCCUUGGGCUACCCAUCCUCACUGGAGUGGGCAAGAAGGGAGUCACCUGAAAUGGAUGAAAGGCUGCAAGGUGUCAUUUCCAGCUGCUGGGGAAGGCACUGGAAGCUGCCACAGCAGAGGCAGGGAGGCUGGUGGUAGUUGGGAUUUCUUGUUGGGAGGGAUGUUGCCUGCCUGCCCCAGCCCCUCAGCUCCCCCUCGCCUCAGCCACCUUGCUUGGGAGGGAUGGGCACCACUUUCCCUUUGGAAGCACUGGUUUUUCAGGCUUCCUGCAUCCUUUGUUUCACAUCUGAGAAACUCAAGGGGAAUGUGUUUGCAGGUGCUGGUGCUCCCCCAGGCCUGUUCCCCUGCAGGCUGGCUCCCCUCUUUCCAGCGGAUGAUAAGCUGUCCAGACACGAAGCUCUGCAAGCACAUGGGGGGGCACAACUGACUUAUUUUCAGAGGUGGUUAGCUGCUUCCUCCCAUCUGGUGGGAAGCCAGGCUCCUGCCCCCAAACCCCAAUGUCAGGAUUGUUGAGAAGCUGCUUUCUGAAGCUGGAGGCACUGAACUGCCUCCACUGCAAAGCACAUCUUUCCCUGUGGCUGUCUUUGCUUUCUCCCUUGUCUCGCACUAGUUCGCAAAGCUAAUACCUCAGGGGUCUGUGUUUGUGCAUGUUUGUGUCCUGUGUCAUCCUUGGAGUGUUGGGUUUGUUUUUUUUUCUGGGUCCACAUGGUUUCUCUCCCUUUCCCUUGUUCCUCCUCGUGUCAUUCAUUUCUAUCUUUAAAUCAAACUACCCGUGACAAAACCAAAUGAUCUCAGGUUUAAAACUGAACACAAAGCAGAGGCGUGAGAAGCUGCAAUCAUGGAAGGAGGGGCUGCUCACUUCAGCUCGUUGCUUCCUCAAGCACCUCUGUGUUCGCAGUUGAGGCAGUCUCCCUGGAGACUCCUCACUCUCUUCGGGCCGGCUUUAGUUUUUCUGGUUUUCCAUGGAGCUAUUUGGUGAGAUGCAGGGGAACCCCAUGUGCUCCUGCCUGCUUCCCCGAGGCGUGGCGGGGAGGGAUGGGGGUGGCUGGAGAGCCAGGGACCACCUGCCUCUCUCCCCACGUCACUUUUGAUGAGGGUGAGAGAUCUCAGUCAGUCCUCAGAAACCUGCCACCACCCAUCUCUGCCUCCAACAACCACCUCGAACCUGCUCAGUGUUGCCAACCUGAACAUUGCUCCCUUCUGAUCGUGAAAGGGUGAUGACACUAUUUUCUAGGCUCCCUUUUUAGAUUCUGAAAGGCAUUUGGGUCCAUCCCAUGAGUCAGACAGCUAUUUCAGGAGCUCCACUUGCAGCAGGGUCUCCUAAGUAGGCAUUGAUGUCAAGGCCAAGGAGGGAGGGGUAAAAGGCUUCAUUCUCCUUCUGGUAGCCCAGCCACCAGGCAUAGUGUUAGUGUCACCUGCCUCCUGGUCCCUCUUCCCCUUCUGCUGCCCUCAGUGGCAGCAUCUCUUCCCAACCGUGCCACUGGUCCUUGUCUGCUGAUCUCUGCUCCAUAGGGCUCAGUUCCUGCCCAUUCCAUAGUACUCCAGGGUUGGUGCCAGCACGGACUAAUUGAGCUCAGGUCCGGCAAGUUGCUGGCAGGAGCUGGCUAGCUGUAGUUUUGAACAAUGCAGAGGGGGCUAAAUGUCUUCCCAAGGGAUUUAAUAGAAAGAGGACGGCGGGUCAGCACAGCCAGAUGGGGACAUGUGAUUCAUCCUGUUAGCUGACACUGUGUUACAAGCUCAAAAAAGCAGAUGGAGCAACGCAGGAAGGAGAGGGUGCAUGUUGUAAAUGAGACCCUGAAUGUCUGCAAGGAGGCAGAUAUGUGGUUUGCUUUUUGUCAUCUCAACUCUGCCAUCACCUGGAUGCUCCUCAGACAUGCUUGAGGUGUUAAGCACUAUGGACUCCUCUGAAACCAGAACAAAGAUAAGUAUAUUUUAAGAUUAGUAGGUCAUAAAUGCCAAUAGACAUUAAUGAUCCACCUCUGCAGCCUUAUUUUGAUGUACUUUGCAUUCAUCCCCCUCCUUUACAUUGGGCAUGUGCACUAGAAGCCCUCACAUAUAGAAUAUUUUAAGUCUAUAUCCAGAAAAUAAGCCUUGAUGGAGCAGCCCUGCCUGCAUGUCUCCUACCAAUGCUGACCCAAAGCCAUCAGGGUUACCAAGUGGCUGGCAAUUAACUUAAAUUAUUUUUUUAGAUCAAACUCUGUCUUAGACCACUUUGUCCAUGAAUCAGAGAGCUGUGAGUUGUCAUGAGGAUGUAUGUGCUGGCUGGUAAUCCUCCUCAUCAUCUGUCAGCCAAAUCUUUUUAUAGGCUCUCAAAACCAGAUGACCCAACCCAAAGCCUCACUUGAAGCAAAAAUCCCCUUUCAGUGGUGGUCUGAUGAGAGUGCAUUCGUUUGUAGGGAUCUACAGUGGCAGAAGUGUGAGCAGAAGAGAGGAAAGGUCGCUGCUUUCAAGGGAGGAAUCAAAGCUCUUGAAUGUCCAACAGCAAAGGCAAUGAGUGGCUGAGCUUUCCACCGCACGAAGGAUUGAGCAAAGCACAGCUCUCCUUCAGACUAGAAAGGACAUAGCGCCUUUUCCUCCAGCCUCUGCUUGUCCUGAGUAUCCCAGACACCUUCCUGUCUGCCUUUUGCAGGGGCUGAGAGAAGCUGGCAGGAGGGCAGUGAUCAGGUUGGCAACACUGAGCCAGAGGCUUGGGUCAGAGCAGGCUCGUCCCUGGCCUCAGCAGCAGCAUCCCCAGCCCUGCUGCUUUCCCAGCCCUUCUAUUUGUCUGCUUGUUUGGACAUCCGUCCCCUUUACAUCUGCCCCUUAGGAGACAAUGCCCCCCCAGAAUCCCCUCUUGCUGUCCCCUUUACCCUCCCAUCCUUAAUACUAAUGAUAAUAAGCUAUCAGUGUUGUCAUUGCAAUCUAUGAAUGAUAGAUUUGAGUAUUUAUGAUUAUUAUUAUGAUUAUUAUGGUUAUGAUUCUGUACCUUUUUGCUUCUUACUCUUUGUAUGUUGCUCUUUGUUUCUCUGUUGUGAAUAAAAGCAAGGCCCCAUCACACCUUCUCUCUGCUCCCCACAGCCCAGCUGUGGCUGCACUCGGCACAGCUCCUGGCUGCCCCAGGCCUCAAGAGGCAAACCCUUGUCAGAGGAGCUGGAGGAAGGUGCUUCCUAAGAAUAUUAAGGCACCCAAACCUGGAGCAGAUCUAUUCUCUCAACUCUUCCCUUCCCUUCCUGCAGCUCCUCUCCCCCAUACAGGUGCCUGCUCAUUGUUGCAAGAGGCAGGAACCCACUGGCAUAAACAACAGAACAUUAAACAGCAAAAGCUUGAAGCUUUUGUAACAGUCUUAAGGAGCAUUGGCCAGGCAUCCAGAUCAUGGAAUCAGCUCCCUCCGGGCUGUGGGUCGUCUCACCUUCUUCAGCUGGCUGCACCUACAGGCUGCAUUUCACCCACAGGGGCUUCUUGCUCUGGCAUCACAGGUGACUUGCAAAGCUGCCCUGCUCACCGAGCCCAGGCACGGCCACGCUGCUUUAGCCAGGUGUCCUGGGCUUGGCUUGAAUGUCCUCCUCAUGCCAGUCAACUCCCUGCCCAGGGACAGUACAGCCUGGGGAGGACAUGUGGCCAGUGCUAGAGCAAGCUCAGUGGCAGAGCAGCAGGUAGACACGUGAAUGGCCUCCGGUACCUGGAGGGAUUUAGGAAAGGGAUGGCUCCCAACAUGGGACUUGAUAUGGCUUUUAUCUAACACUGGUAAAUUGAGGUGUCAUAAGCAGACAGAGUCUGGUGCCAGUUUUUUGCACCCAUUGCCUGUGUUCUUUGUGUAACCUGGAGGUUUCCAGAUGACUGUAAGGUGGAGGAGGUGACAUUAUGGGAAGGGAAGAGGAACCCCGUCUGCACUGUGGUACUAAACACUCUCCGUACUGCGCCAGCCCCAUGAAGAAUCAUUUUAAUUUGUGGGGUUUAACUCUGCCCUUCUCCAAGUGGCCCAGGCACAGUUUCUUGUCUCUGUCAUGACUUUGCUUUGUUGUGGGUUGGGGUCCUUCUCAUCAUGCUGUGCUGAACACAUUUCCAAGGUUGCUCUGAGACCACAAUGGAGAGGAGAGAGCUCAGGUCUCACCCCUCUCUUGGGGGACCCUGGUAGACCCCUAUUGGGGUCCUGGUCCAGCAUCACCCUUCCUACCUCACCUGCCUUUGGGGCAGCCGUGGACAGGCAGGGAGCAGGCAGGUUCCGACCAUGCCGGGACUGAGCCUCCUCUCCCACCCUCAUCCCUGCAGGAUUAGACCCUUCUUCAGCAAGCACAACACAGAGAGGGGUCUGCACACACCCUGGUGUACCAGGGUGUACUUGGGGAAUCCCAAGCAGGGAAGAGAGGGUCUGGCCACCAGCCCCACCACGCUCCCUUCCUCGCUGUCCGUUCGGCCAGCACUGGCGUCGGACCCGGGGAGACACCCUGCCCCUGCCUUGUCUUUAUUUAUUUAUUACCAGAGGCUGUAAACAGCAGUGCUUUUCUACCCUCUACUUUCUUUUCCUUUCUUUUGUAUUUUGGAACAACGUGUUGUAAUAAAUACCCGAAUAGGUGUUUUAA